AUGGAUGGUCAUCUUGAAGUUGUUAAAUAUCUUAUCUCAGUUGGAGCCGAUAAAGAAGCAAAAGAUAAAAAUGGUAAGACUGCUCUUGAUGUCGCAUGGCGCUUUGUGAAAGAAUACUUUUUGGAAGACAAAACAGAAUAG